AUGGCAUCCAAUGGAGUAGAAGAAGAGUUGCCAUUGCAGUAUUGUGUUGAGACACAUCAUUUUGCAUGGUCAUUCCUGUAUCAAGAUCCAUGCGACAUAUUCCUACCUAAAGCACUCUAUAUUGCCUUACAUUUACCAACAAUUUUCGUACUCGUUGCUUCCCAGUGUAUGCAACUUUCUAUAGCUACUGAGAGAUGGAUCGCUAUCAUAUCUGCCGACUACCAAGAAUCAAGCUAUCGCAGACUUGGGCCAGCAUUAAUUGCAACAGCGGAUAUAGUCCGAACAAACAUAGUGCUGAUGUUUUUGCUUGUGAUGAAUCUCGUUGGUCUCAUCAUGACAUUGGCGCUGCGUUAUUUGGGCCCAAAGCGGAAAAUAAGUAUGUCGUUAUCAUCAAAGUUCAAAGCCAUGGAAAAUUCGAUUGUAUCAAACUACCUUUUCAUGAUAUCCUCUUGUCAAUUCGCGGCAUUAUUUUUUUCACAUGCUUCGAUUUUAUAUCUGAGAAUCUACGAAUCCGGAAAUCCUUUGGUAACGGCCUACAAGGAGAAUUUGGAUUUGUUCAAUUACUAUACAUUGAUAUUACCUGUACUAUCAGUAUUUUAUAUGAGGAAAGUGAAGAGCCAACGGACCAAAAACAUCAAAGAGAACAUAAAUUCUCAAUGUGCCAUUAUUUGGCCUUCAUCUUUACAGAUAAACACUGUCGGUGCAACCGCAUGGAUGAGCUACUCAGCAAUUCUCCAGAAGCAAUGGCAAUGA